AUGGGAAGCAACAAUUCACAGAAUUUGAGAGACGAGGAGAUCAAGGAGCUCAUGGAUGAAACUGAAUUCAGCAAGCAACAAAUCACACGACUCUACAGCAGAUUUUUGUCGUUGGAUAAGAAAGGCCAAGGUUACCUAUCCCGAGACGACUUUCUGAAUGUCCCUGAGCUCGGAGUGAACCCCCUCGGUGAUCGGAUAAUUGAUGCAUUCUUCACAGUGGCUGAAACGAAUGGUGAUAAAAAAGAUCAGCAGUUGAACUUCAGACAGUUUGUUAGAAUUCUUGCGCAUUUUCAACCGACGUCCAGGGUGAAGAAGAAUUCACUGAACUCGAGGAGGGAUAAGCUUUUUUUCGCAUUCAAAAUGUAUGACCUCAACAAGAACAACUACAUCACACGCGAAGAGUUCAAAGUCAUAUUGAACAGUAUGGUUGGUGCGAAUAUAACAACGGAUCAGCUGGAGAAAAUCGCUGAUCGAACUAUUGAGGAGGCGGAUAAGGACAGAGAUGGAAAGAUUUCGUUUGAAGAGUUUUGUGGCGCAAUGGAAAAAACCGAUAUCGAGGAGAAAAUGUCAAUUCGAUUCUUGAAUUAG